AUGGGAUCUAUCGCGAUAGCAAAUCCGGUGCAGCCGGGGAUUCGCAUCGCCAUUGACCGGGGAGGAACAUUUUGCGAUUUCUGGGCACGAAUUCCGGGACGAAAGGACGAUGUGAUACUCAAGAUCCUAUCGAGUGCACCAAACGAGUACAACGAUGCCCCUACGGAAGGUAUUCGCCAGAUCCUGGGCAUUGCAGAGGGAAAAGAGAUUCCCAAGGGGGCCCUGCUUGACUUGGCAGGAGUUGAAUCUAUCAGGAUGGGGACGACGGUUGCUACAAAUGCUUUGCUAGAAAGAAAAGGUGAACGCGUCGCGCUUCUGAUCACCAAAGGCUUUCAUGACUUGUUGGUGAUCGGCAACCAGGCUCGCCCCCAUCUCUUCGACCUGUCGGUCAACAAACUCGACGUCCUGUACGAAAAAGUAGUCGAGAUCGACGAGCGAGUCACGGUGGAAGGAUUCGCCGAGGAUCCUGAGCGCAAGCCCAUUGACGUCCAGUCCGACCCGCAGCUGGUCGAGGGAUUGACGGGGGAGGCGAUCCGGAUUCUCAAGGUGCCAAAUAUUGAGGCAAUCACAAAGGACUUGCUCAGCUUAUGGGAGGAAGGCUACCGCGACAUCGCCCUGGCCCUUUUGCACUCUUACACUUAUCCCAACCAUGAGGCUGCCAUCGCGAGGGUCGCUCGCCAGAUUGGCUUCCGCGUCUCUGUCUCGUCGGAACUGCAGCAGAUGAUCAAGAUAGUGCCCCGGGCUCAAUCGGCCACCGCAGAUGCCUAUCUGUCUCCCGUGAUUAUGCGGUACCUGGACAGCUUCCGCAAGUCGUUCAAGGGACAUCUCAUGGACGAGAAUGCAAACAAGUUCCUGUUGUGUCAAUCCGACGGGGGAUUGACGCCCAUCACCACAUUUACGGGGCUUCGUGCCAUUCUUUCCGGACCUGCAGGAGGCGCCAUUGGUUGUGCCAAAACAUGCUACGACCACGAACAAGGAGUCCCAAUACUCGGCUUCGAUAUGGGGGGCACGAGUACCGAUGUGUCUCGGUUCAGUGGAACGCUGGAGCAUGUGUUCGAAACAACAGUGGCUCAAGUUACAAUACAGAGUCCUCAAUUGAACGUUCAGACUGUCGCGGCGGGCGGUGGAAGUCGACUAUUUUACCACAACGGUCUCUUCGUGGUCGGUCCCGAAUCAGCAGGGGCCUAUCCCGGCCCUGCGUGCUAUGGGCAUGGAGGGCCCCUGACCAUCACCGAUGCGAAUUUCCUCCUCGGCCGCAUCUUACCAGACUACUUUGCGCGCUCCUUGGACAGGUCGGCCGUCGAGACGAAAUUUCGCGAGCUCACCAAUGAUAUCAAUUCUGACCGGCGGCAAGACGACAUGCUCACUCCCGAACAGGUUGCGAUGGGAUUUCUGCUAGUUGCGAAUGCUGCAAUGACCCGGCCCAUCCGUUCCCUCAGCGAAGGCCGUGGGUUUGAAACGUCUGCUCACAAUCUCGUAUGUUUCGGCGGGGCCGGCGGUCAACACGCCACAGCAAUGGCACGGGAUCUGGGGAUCAAACGCGUCGUCAUCCACCGGUAUUCCAGUAUUCUCUCUGCAUAUGGCAUGGCUCUCGCAGAUGUCGUUGUCGACAUUCAAGAACCUGAAUCGGUCGUCUACUCUCAUGGGUCGACCGCUAGAAUCCACGAGCGCUUCGAUCUCCUGAAGCAGCGGGCGAUAGGACAGCUUCUGGCACAAGGAUUCCCCGUGGAAAGAAUCGUGUGUGAAACUUUUCUCAACAUGCGCUACAAAGGAAGUGACACGUCCUUAAUGAUCAAAUCAAGUCCCGGAUCAGAAGAUUUCGGCGCUGCGUUUGUCGAGCAGCACCGACGCGAAUUCGGGUUCGAUCAACCCAGGGAAAUCCUGAUCGACGAUAUCCGAGUGCGCGGAAUCGGGAAAAGUGUUGAGAUGCCCGCCUCGUAUCCAUUCGCACAGUUGAAGCAAAAUGGCAGAAUGCCAGGGAGCCAGCCAAAGCCUCAGGAUGUUCGAAAAGUAUACUUCGAGAAGCAAGGAUGGCUGGACGCCGGGAUUUAUCACCUUGGCAAUGUCGCCAAAGGGACCCGGCUCCGGGGUCCUGCCAUGGUCGUGGAUGAAACUCAGACCAUCGUCAUUGACCCCGACAGUGAAGCGAGCAUUCUUCCAGAGCAUGUUGUGAUUGAGCUGCUGGAUAUGAAGGCAGAGGAGAUCAGCACCAAAGAAAUCGACCCUAUAAGGCUGUCUGUCUUUGGCCACCGGUUCAUGAGCGUCGCUGAACAGAUGGGCGAGACGCUUCGGAAGACCUCGAUUUCCACCAAUAUCAAAGAGCGGCUCGAUUAUAGCUGCGCCGUCUUCGACGCUCAAGGGAGGCUGAUCGCCAACGCACCGCACAUUCCAGGCCACCUGGGCUCGAUGAGCUACGCGAUCCGGUACCAAGCCGAAAAGUAUGCCAAAGGUGAACUCAAGCCAGGGGAUGUCCUGCUGGCCAACCAUCCAUGCGCAGGCGGCACCCAUCUACCCGACUUGACGGUCAUCACACCGGUCUUCGACGACGAAGAGGCGCCGACUGAAAUCCUCUUUUUCGUGGCAAAUCGGGGCCACCAUGCAGACAUUGGCGGGAUAGCCGCCGGCUCGAUGCCGCCAAAUUCCACCGAACUCUGGCAAGAGGGAGUGGCCAUCGAGUCGUUUAAGAUGGUCAACGAAGGGGUCUUUGACGAAGCGGGCCUGAUCCACCACCUGGUCGACAUCCCGAGUAGCUAUCCCGGCUGCUCGGGGACACGGACCCUCAAAGACAACAUUGCGGAUCUCAAGGCGGGCAUUGCCGCCAACCAGCGAGGCAUCCACCUCAUCCAGGGUCUCAUCCGCGAGUACACUUGGCCGGUGGUUCAAUUCUACAUGGCGGGGAUUCAGAAGAACGCCGAGAGUACGAUCCGCGCCCUCCUCAAGGCCUUCAGCCGGAGAUUUCACGGCCGGCCUUUACGGGCGGUCGACUACCUCGACGACGGCACCGCCCUUUCCCUAAACAUUGUCAUCAACCCGGACGACGGAUCGGCCACAUUCGACUUCACCGGCACGGGGCCGGAGGCCUUGAACAACCUGAACGCGCCGCCGGCGAUCAUGUUCAGCGGGAUCAUGUAUUGCCUGCGGACGAUGGUCUCAGCCGACAUCCCGCUGAACCAGGGCUGCUUGACGCCGAUCGAGGUCGUGUGCCCGCCGAACUCGAUCCUGCAGCCCAGCCUGGCCGCCGCGACGGUCGGCUCGAACGUGGAGACGUCGCAGCGGAUCGUCGACGUCAUCUUCAAGGCCUUCCGCGUCGCCGGCGCCAGCCAGGGCACGUGCAACAACCUGACCUUUGGCUACGGCGGCGUCGACGGCCGCGGCCACACGGUCCCUGGGUUCGGGUACUACGAGACGAUCGCGGGCGGGUCGGGCGCCGGGGCCGACUGGGACGGCCAGCACGGCGUGCACACGCACAUCACCAACACGCGCAUGACGGACCCGGAGACGCUGGAGAAGCGCUACCCGGUCCUGCUGCGCGAGUUCUCCAUCCGCCGGGGCAGCGGGGGCCAGGGCCGCCACCGCGGCGGCGAUGGGUGCGUGCGCGACAUCGAGAUGCGCCGCGCGCUGCAGGUGAGCAUCCUGUCCGAGCGGCGCGUGAUCCCGCCCUACGGCAUGGCGGGCGGCGACGACGGCCAGCGCGGCCUGAACCUCUGGAUCCGCCGCGAGGGGGAUCAUCCCGCGGCGUGCAGGACCAUCAACCUGGGCGGCAAGGCCAGCGUUCAGAUGGGCGUGGGCGAUCGCAUCGUCGUCAUGACCCCCGGCGGCGGCGGGUUCGGCGUCUCCCCACACAAGGUGCCGGAGCCGGAAAUGGACACAGAGUUCACGAUCAAGGAUCGGAUACGACUGUUUUGA